CAUGCAGGUAUUAUAUGUGGUCGGGCUUCUACUUGCCCUGGGAUAUGCUCAGGGUGACCCAAUUCGGCUGGAUGGCGAACCUGCCUACAUAGAGGAUAUCCGUAGCAAUGCCAACUCCCGCGUCGUAGCUGGCUGGGAGGCAGAAGAUGGUCAGAUCCCUCACCAGAUCAGCUUGCGGAUGGUGAGCGCGGCUGGUGGCGUGUCCUCGUGUGGCGGCUCCGUGAUCCACAACAACUGGGUCAUUACUGCAGCUCACUGUGUUGGCAACCGUUUCACUUUCGUGGUCCGCUUCGGCCUGACAAAUCUGACCCGUCCUCAGUUCCUGAUUGAGAGCACCCGCAAGUACAUCCACCCGAGGUACAACGAGGGCUCCGGCUCCGUGCAGACCGAUGACAUUGCUCUUGUUGGCAUCGACACCUCCGUACCUUAUGGCCAAUACAUCCAACCCUGCCGCCUGCAGAAUAGUGCCCAGCGUAACCUGGACUACACCGGGAUCAGGCUCACAGUCAGCGGCUACGGACGGACAGACGACCCGUGGAAUGGCGGUGCAGUCUCUGAGGUGCUGCGCUGGGUGUUCCUGAGAGGCAUCUCCAAUGACGAGUGUAGACAGUGGUAUUCCAGUGGUAUAGUACAGGACAGAACUAUAUGCGCGGAGUAUUAUAAUGAUACGGCACAAUCUUCCUGUCAGGGCGACAGUGGUGGUCCGCUGACGGUCGUGGAUGAAGACGGUCAAAUUACAAUGGUGGGCAUCGUCAGCUUUGGGUCUUCAGCCGGCUGCAACAGUCCCUUCCCUUCAGCAUACGUCCGGCCUGGUCAUUACCACGACUGGUACACAGAAGUGACCGGCAUCGACUUCGACUGGACUUUGGAAGACAAGAGUCAACCCCUCCACUUAGCCGCAGAUGCAGAAAUUAAGACACCCCUAGAGAUCAAUGAAUAG